AUGGACGCUGAGACCACGGUCCUGGACAAUUAUGUCGGAGAAAGAGUUGAUACCAUGGUAGAUGCUGGACUACUUGACGAAGUAUAUGACAUCUACAAACCAGGAGCCGAUUAUACUAGAGGCCUAAGGCAAUCCAUUGGUGUCAGAGAGUUUGAAGAUUUCCUUAAAACGUAUCUCCCAGACAGGAUGGAAGAAAGCAACGAUGAUAAAGCUAUGAAGGAUGAUCUGAGGAAGAUUUUGGGUUUUCCAAAAGAUGAUAAGUUGAGGAUUAUGUUGGAGGAAGCAAUUGAUAGGGUGAAGUUAAAUACCAGAAGGCUCCUGCGUCGUCAAAAGAGAAGAGUAAGUCGGCUAGAAACGGUCUUUGGUUGGAAGAUUCAUCACAUUGAUGCAACUGAGUGCUUAUUAAGCAAAUCUGAAGAGUCAUGGGAUGCGCAAGUGGUUAAACCUACCACAGAGAUCAUCCAGUGCUUCCUGAAGACAGAAACUGAAUCAUGUCAUGAUUCAACCUUAGGAAAGUCAGCUGAAAGAGAUCUAUGGAGUCAAUAUGUUUGUGAGGCUUGUGGGAACAAGGUGCUAAGAGGAAGGCACGAGUGGGAUCAUCACAGACAAGGCCGUGCACAUCGUAAGAGAACCACAAGUUUUAAUAAAGCUCAAAGUAGAGAGAAGCAACAAGAAGAAGUGGGGAUUGCAGAGAUAACAUCAUGA